CGGCGCUCACUUGCUCGCUGUGUGUCAGAGGCAGCUUUGUCCUGUUUCACAGCCGAGGGAUAAGGAGCUUAACCGAGUGCCGACACCACCCCAGCUGGGAAGUAGUUAUUUACUCCGGAGCGGGGUCCUGGACAGAUCGAUCGCUCAUCUAUUACUCGCUACGGUUUUUUUGCAGAUGGAAAUCACACGAGGAGGUUUUUGUUCAAAAACACGCGCCUGGUGUAGCAUUUGGACCCAAACCGAAGUAAACCAUUAGAAUCUGUGAGAACACCUUCAUGGCGACUGGUUUGACAGACCCCAAGAUGCAGGAAACUGAAGGGCCCACUGAAGAUAGCUCAGGAAAGAAGAGGCUAAAGUUCAAAUCACUCAAGAAGCUGUUUGUCAAAAAGAAAAAAAAGGAGUUGAUAACUCCGUCAACAAAGAGCAACAUGAAACAAAGCCAGUCAACGAGUGACGUCACCGGCCCAGAAGCCCGCACUCCAGAUCUUGGCUCCGACGAUGAGCAAAGUGAUCUUAAAAGUGUCAUGGGAAUUCGGGCUCUGUCACACGACAGCAUCUUCAUCCCAGACACAUCUGUGCAGCAACCUGCUCAGCCCGUUCGAGUGUUUUCACAAGAGAGUGUAUCUGCGCCUAUCAGAGCUUUACAGUUAAAAGUACAGCAAAAUAUUAAACUGGGACCACCUCCGACGUCAAUACAGGCAAAGAAGAUGGAAGAUACCGGUGCAAGUUCUGAAGAUGAUGGAUUGCCCAGAAGUCCACCAGAAAGCUCCCCUAUCCACGAAGCUUUAGCACGUAGCCAGCUAGCCAAGUACUCUGACCAUUACAAGAAUCAUAGCUCUUUGACUUUAGGUGGGACAGGCAGCGAAGAAGAAGAGCAGGUUUCUCCGGGACCUUCCUCCCGAUCCAACAGUCCCCUCUUUGCGGUCAUUCAGACACGGUCACGGGUGAGGUCGCAAAGUCCCACGUCACCGCUGGUUCACAUCUCGUCUUCUGAAAGCCCCGCUUCACCUGUGGUGGACUUCAGCACCCCGCCUGUGCUGUCCAUCUGCUUGGAUAACUCAGCAGCGAGACACAGACUGGCGGUGAAACCACGGAACCAGCGGUCCCAUACCAAGCGAAGAUCCUCUUCUAGGUUACUUUCUGACGGGCCGAGUGAAUCGAUGUAUAAUGUGCCUGAGCUAACGGAAGAAAACGAACAAGAACUCACCAAGGCCAAUGCAGGGGCUGCCAUUCCUGAAAUGGACCCGGAGCAAAGAGCAGAGUGUCCAACAACAGUUCUCCCUCAGGGACAAUCUCUGGCGCUGAUUGAGCCUUCCCUGGUAAUGCCAGAACCUUUCAACAGUACCGAACAAAGAUCUGAUGAGUUUCCCCUUGAGAACAUCACAGGCCACCAAGGUGCUGACAUUGAUCAUUCAAAUACAUGCUCUGAACCAUCAAUUCCAUCAGAAAUGGUCGGAGAUGCCAUGACACCGAUGGAGGUUGACACCUUGGAUGUGAGUGCUACCCAUGUCUCCACGUUGCCAGGCAUCCUGCAGACAGCAUCUACCGCUGUGACCUCCGAUUAUUCCACUUCACUUGAUGUUAUUCAUCCAUUAAAUCAGGGGAAAGAUGUAAAUCUUUGGGAAGCUGCUGCGAAUCCUACAGCAUUCGACACGCAUGCAGCGCACGUCAAUACAUUCUCUGCUGAAGAGGCUGAACGGGCAACGCAGACGCUGAUUCAGACAGACAUAUUAUUGAUGGACCACGACGAGCCAUCUCCAAGUGCCCCUGAGGGACCAGAAAGCCGUGAAGGGGAAUCGUUGCAAGAAGACCUAGGCAACUACAGCCAACAAGCAAAGAUGGAACCAACGGCAGAGGAACCUUUUGCUUGUUCAACCAAGCAUGUGGUGAAAGAUAAAGAAGACACAAUGGAUAAAGUGCCUGAAAACUUCAGCAGUAUUGCAUUGCCUCUGACGUCCGAGGUGUAUUCCCAGCCUGCAGAAAAUUAUUCCAAAACAUCGAAGGAACUUUCCGUUUCGGAAAAUACUGAUGGCGGCAGCUUGGAAGAUAAAGAUGCUGCAGUGCGUAAGGAAGCCGACGUUAAAAUGUUUGAAGAGCAAACAAGAAGCCAUCAGGGUUCUUUUAAGAAAAAUAGCCAGGGGUCCUUUAAAUUCUCCAUUUCCUCAGCUUGGAACAGGUCCCGGCGCAGUGGAGCGAAAUGGAACGGUGAUCCUGCAGCAGAGCCCGAUGUUGCACACAAAACCUCCCCUCAGAAAGCCACCUCCUCACCCGGAAUAGAGAACCAGGCAAAGGAUGAAGGCAUACCACCCCCUCCUGAACCUCCUGCAGCUAAGAUUGAUGCACAUGGGCAGGAGAAGAUGGAGGAAGCGCAGGAGAAAGAUGAAGAGGGAAGAGGGGCGUUUGGUGUUCGACUCCGCAGUACAUCCCAUUGCCUCAAAUACAAGGACGUUUCUCACACGGAGCACAAAGAGCCAGCCAAAAGCCACAGUGCCGAGGUCCCCUUGGACUCGGGUGGGUGUCCGUCGCAACCCAAUACCGACAAGGCAGAGGUCAAAAAGCCGCCCGAAGUAUCCACGCCCAUCGAUGACGGGAAAUUGAAUACGAAAUCUUCUGAAAAUCUUGCCGUAAGGCCACCCUUACCGAAGAAACCUGCUCUGCAAAGUUUGAACGCUCCCGUGACAGCCAUGGACAAACCCAAGGCAAUCAAAUCGGUGCAGGAAAGACUUAAAGAUACAGAGAAGAAAUCAAGUGGCAGUAAAACCUCCGCAGACAAAGGGCAACCCUUUACCAAAAAUGCACAAGACAAUGGCUCUGUUACGGAGGACUCUGCAAUACCAGCUUGGGUGACUAUGGCAAGGCAAAAGCAAAAGGGUUACCAAGAGCAAUACAUCGGCAAAGAAGCUAAGGUGCCAACCAAGGAAGUCAAAGCUGUAACCGAGAAGCAAGAGAUUGAGAAGGAGGCCCCAAAUACACCAAUUGACUCGAAAAGCACUCCCUCCAAGUCGUCGACCUUGGGCAAACCUACCCAGGAAAGUAGACUGGAACUGAAGCCAUGUUUGGCAGAACCCCAGAAGAAAGCUUCUCCCAAAACAAGUCCUGUGACAGUAAAUAAGCAUUCGUCAUCAACGACACAGAACACCGCCGACAAAGAUGGAAAAGACCAACACAGCAAAGAUAAAAUCUCCCCUUCAUCCAACCAGCCAUCGUGGAUGGAACUUGCGAAGAAAAAGGCAAAAGCUUGGAGCGAUAUGCCACAGAUAAUCAAGUAGCCUCUCCCGGGGAAGGUCCACAUUAUACCUGAAAAUCUACUAGCUGCUAGCUACUGAAUGUGUAUUAGUUUGUCUGCAAUGUUGAUUGAUGAAAAGGUAGAAUCCUGUUUUGACAAUCUGUAGGUGGUACUUAACUUUCUUUGGCUUCUCUUUUAAAAAAAAAAACCCCAAGAUUUC